GGGAGUGACGGAGGGAGGGGAGACGGAGGGAGGAGAGACGACGACUUGCCCGUUUCUAGCAGAUUUCCUGUUUCAGUGAAGAACUUGAAGAAGUGAGCACUGUUUACUGUACUGGAGUGACUCAAGCGGACCCUCGGCUCAGGCGAAGUGUUGUCCUCAAGGCACAGACUGGACCCCGGAGCUCCACUUUACAGCGUCGGAGCAUUUUCCCCCGAAGGGCAACAUUGCAGAGCAUUAUUAUACUUCACAGGGUAGAAUCCACAGGCGCGCGGUCGUGACGCGAUGGAGCUACUGCGUGUGACAGUGCUCCUGUGCACGGUGCUGCGCUCCGCGUGUUCGGCACACCACAACCUCCGAGGGAACCUUGGAAUAAACACAAUCAAGAUGAGCAACCUGUGUAAAUUCUGUGACGUGAUGCCUACCACCUGCAACGGCAGUAACACCUGCAACUCCAACUGUAGCAUCACGUCCAUAUGCGAAAGUGUCAAUGAGGUCUGCGUGAGCAUCUGGAGGAAAAAGGACGAGAACAUCACUUUGGAAACGUUGUGCCAUGACCCAUCAAAGGAGCUGUAUGAUCUGAUGUUGGAUGACUACAAUGAAACAAAGUGCCUGAUGAAGGAGAAAGUGGCCCAUGGUGUGAAAAUGUACAUCUGCUCAUGCUCUGUUGAGGACGAGUGCAACGAUAACCUCAUCUUCCCCGACCUGCAUGGCAACACUGUGACAGUCAUCAGCUCUCCCAAAAGACCAGAAGAGGAUGAUAUUGACAUCCAGGUUGCCUGGGUUAUUCUGGUCAGCCUGCUGCCCCUCCUUCUCCUAACAGUCCUCGUCAUAACACUCUUCUAUGUGUACCGGGUGUACCAUCGCAGGCAGCUCAAGAGCAAAAAGUUGAGGCAUAAAGACGAGCUUGACCGCAGUGACACUGGUCCCAUCAUGCCUGAUGAUGACCGUUCUGACAGCAGCUCCACCCACGCCAACAACCUGAAUCACAACACAGAGCCACUGCCCAUUGAGCUGGAUGUACCAGUCGGCAAGGGCCGCUUCGCAGAGGUGUACAAGGCCAAACUGAAGCAGAGCUCCUCAGAGCAGUUUGAGACGGUUGCUGUAAAGAUCUUCCCUGAGGAAGAAUAUGCCUCCUGGAAGAAUGAAAAGGACAUUUUUUCAGAUAUCAACUUGAAGCACGAGAACAUUUUGCACUUCCUGACGGCAGAGACGCGCAAAGCUGAGAAGCAGUACUGGCUCGUCACGGCCUUCCAUCCCAAGGGCAACUUGCAGGACUAUCUCACUCGCCACAUCAUCAGCUGGGAGGACCUGUUGCUACUGGGCGAGUCGCUGGCCAGGGCUGUAGCCCACCUGCACAGUGACCACACACCUUGUGGACGCCCCAAGGUGCCCAUUGUGCACCGGGACCUGAAGAGCUCCAACAUCCUGGUCAAGAAUGACUUGACCUGCUGCUUGUGCGACUUUGGCCUGGGUCUGCGCCUGGACAAUUCUUUGUCCGUUGAUGACCUUGCCAACAGUGGACAGGUGGGCACAGCCAGGUAUAUGGCUCCAGAGGUCCUGGAGUCCAGAAUCAAUUUGGAGAACAUAGAGUCCUUCAAGCAGACUGAUGUCUACUCCAUGGCCCUUGUGUUGUGGGAAAUUACAUCAAGAUGUAAUGCCAUUGGCGAGGUUAAAGACUACGAUCAGCCAUUCGGCUCCAAGGUGAGGGAACACCCCUGCGUGGAGAGCAUGAAGGAUAACGUCCUGCGAGACAGAGGCCGCCCAGAGAUCCCCAACUACUGGCUAAAUCAUCAGGGAAUUCAAGUGGUUUGUGCCACCAUCACCGAGUGCUGGGACCAUGACCCUGAGGCCCGUCUCACUGCACAGUGUGUGGCUGAACGCUUCAAUAACAUGGAACACCUGGAUAAGCUUUCAGGUUGGACCGGUUCUGAGGAGAAGAUCCCAGAGGGAUGCUUGAUGAACAAUGGAAAGUAGACCUGUAGCAGGGGGAACAAAUGUUUUAUAGCAACUACACAGCAGUCACGCCUAGACUCUUGGACUCCUUCCUGGAGCACCUGUUACCUGGGAGAUUGGAGAGUGACCGGACCUCUUAUUGUCUUUGGGCUAGAGGUUUGAAGAAGAACAAAACAUGAAAAAACUGGAAGACAUAUUUUGUGUUUUUGGGGGGUCCCAUUACCCAAAAGCCAUAGCUGGAUUGACAAAAUAUAAGCUUUAUAACCAAUGACAUUUGCACUUUCUCAGAAUUUCUAUUCAUACCAAAAAAUGCUAUAUUCUUGAUAAGAUUAUAUUCAUUUAUUAUCAUUUGGAAAGUUAUGAUGAUUUACUCCCAUCUGCUAGCAACAAUGACACAAGCAGACAAUAUCUGUAACACUAAUGAUAGUCUAAGUGUGCUUUUACAAGGGUCUGUCUGACCAUUUCAUACAAAUUGAAACAGGUGAUUUUAUAAGGCAACAAACCCUGGAAUUGUUUUACAGGGGAAGUGUGUGGCAAAAAAGGGACAAACCAGAUUCCAUUUUUUUGCAGAGGACAAGCACAAGAUGAAUAAAUAUCUUGAACAAAAUUUUAAAGCUGUGUGAUCAAAGUAGCACGGUAAGAGGAAUACAAAGUUGUUUGCCAAAAAGUUGAAAGCACUUGUCCGUGAAAUGGCCUGAGCAGGACUUUAUCGUGUUGACCGAAACAUGCCGCUCCAGUGUUACAGCAACGAGAUGAGAGAAAUGCAUCCUGCCUCUUUAAAUAUUUGUUUAAACUUCUAUAAGUAAAUAUUGCAUAACAUGAUUAAAACAUUUGAUUUUUA